UCCAAGAUCCGAGCUAGCUUGCGUUUCUGACAAACAGGGACUUGAUUUCCACCUUCAGGGCAUUCUUACGAAAUUAAUCACUCCUAUGCUGUGUAAGCUUUAAGAGUGGGGGUUAGCCGGAUUCUGCAAAUAGUGACAGCGCCGAGCCACGACCCGGCUCUCCUACGCUACUUGGAUGCUUCCGGGUGCGGCUCCACCCCUGGGGUCCACGUGGUGGGCAGCCUUCCGCGCAGGUCCUGCGUGGGCUCCUCCAGAGUUGGGAUGGAGGGUACUCCGGCCUGCGGUGCCACUCGGUUCUCCUGCCCUCCCCACUUCACGGAGAUGUCUCCAGACUCGGAUCCCCCUCGUUUCUCCUUGGAGGCGCUUACAGGUCCAGAUACAGAACUGUGGCUUAUCCGAGCCCCUGCAGACUUCGCCCCACAGUGCCUCAAUGGGCGGCAUGUGCCUCUGUCUGGCUCCAAGACUGUGAAGGGCAAACUGGAUGGCAAGAAGCACCGAUACCGGGUCUUUACCAGCAGCCCCCAGGCUGGAGAAGCCACCUUGCUUGCAUCUUCAUCGGAGGCAGGUGGCAGACUCACCUGCGCUCCCGCGCCCAACGGAAGCCUAAGGAUCAUGGAGGGUCCUCCAGAAUGUCUUAUCUCUCGGGUCCCCCUGCAGCCGAUCCCCACAAGCCUUCCACCUCAGAUCCCUGCUGGUCUGCGGCCUUGCUUCUCUGCCUUUGGAGGCAGCCCUCCCGUAACAGGGCCGGGGUCAGCCUCAGCUCUGAGGUCACCCACUUCAGGGAAGAAGAAAAAGAAGAGAAAGGGCACAGAAGCCUCAGACCCUCAGGAGGCUGUGAACAGGCACGGGAUCCUGGAGGUGGAAACAGCCUGGGGUAACCUAGGAAUGGAUGUGAAAAAGAAGAAGAAAAAGAGGCAUCAUGUGGGGCAGGGGGAGAUGGAGGCCGAGGUAGUGGAGCCCGAGGCAGAGCUGCCAGUCCCAUCUGCCACCAGCAGCAAGAAGAGGAAGAAGUCCAAGGGGGCAGAGACAUUCCAGGCAGAAGAGGAUCUGGGGCACAUUGAACCUGUGGCUCAAACAGAGCCUCCUGAGGGGACCUUCCUGUCCUCCACCAAAAAGAGAAAGAGGCAGAAGGAAGCUGAAGGGACAGAGGAGGUGGACGGCACCAUGGCUGGCUCUCAGCCACAGGUCACUGUGGAACCCCAUGAGGAAACCAUCCUACUGUCCCCUACAAAGAGGAGGAGAAAAGAAAAGAGACAGAAUUUGGUGAGGGAGGCAGAGAUGGGACUCCCUGGAGUGCUCAUGGAGACUGAACUUUCAGAACAUGGGCUUCAGGAUGAAGUAGCUCCUAAGUCCCCCAAGAAGACAAAGAAGAAAAAGGAAAAGUGGGUGGACGAGGCAGAGGUGACAGAGGCUGCCUUUGAGCCCCAGGGGGCUCUAGCACCCAGCAAGAAAAAAGAGAGAGGACAGAAAGCAACAGAGUCUGAGGUGACUGACCCAAGACAAUCCGAGGAACCAGAGCCCAGGGCCAGUCAAAAAUCCCCCAAGAAGAAGAAAAAGAAGGAUCAGGAAAGUGGGGUACAGGACACUGUUCCCCACUGAGAGCUGUCUCCUACGGGACAGGAGAAACAGAAGAGGGAACUUGAGCAGGAGCCAUCACAAGUCCCUGGGGAGGGGGAAAGGGGGGAAACUUGCAGGGCUGAGAUUAGAAAUCAGCAAACGUGCACAUCCACAAGGGCCUGGGCAUGCAAAUGCUUUAUUGUGACACUGGGCAUCGGUGGCAGCGGGUCAUCGAGGCACUUUGAGGAAGGGUUCAUGUAGUACUUCAAAGAGCCUGCGGGCCUGAGGGGAAGAGGAGAAGAGGACUCGUCAUUAAAGGUGCUGUGUGCCUGCUGUUUGGUGUGGG